UCGUGUCGUAUCGCCAUGGGGGGGUCUAGGUCAGGUGAACGACUCGGGGGGCUCGGUAUAUAACCCACCGGCAGGCCACGGCACGCGAUGCUUGAUCAGGUCCCUCGAGUGCAGAGACGCAUUCCUCUCCCCCCUUUCCUGGUGUAGGACCCUCCAGCACGCCCACGCGCGGCAACCCCUGAGAGAACAUGAAGCCCACACUCAUCCCCUGGCUGGCCGCGCUGCUGCUGCUGCUGGCGGCACCGUCGCUGUCCCGACCGCUGGACGACGCGGCGGACACGCUCCCCGUGCGGGCGCCGUCGAUUAGCCUGCCGCGGCUGGCCAUCUACUACCAGACGACGCACGACGCGACCACGGGGCGGCCCAUCUCGAUGCUGCCGCUCGUCACGGAGCAGCACAUCGCGCUGACGCACCUGAUCGUGUGCACGCUGCACGUGCGCGCCGACCGCGAGCUCUACCUCAACGACUUCCCGCCGAGCCACCCGCGCUUCGCCACCGUGUGGGCCGAGGCGGCGGUCCUGCGCGACUCGGGGGUGCGCGUCGUGGCCAUGGUGGGCGGCGCGGCCGAGGGCUCCUUCGCGGCCGACACGCUGGAUGCGCCCGAGGGCAGCCCGCUGUUCGAGCGCGCCUACGGCCAGCUGCGCGACGCGCUGCGGCGCUUCGGGCUCCAGGGGCUCGACGUCGACGUGGAGCAGCCCAUGUCGCAGCGCGGGGCGGCGCGGCUGGUGGGGCGGCUGCGGGCCGACUUUGGGCCGGAAUUCACCAUCACCAUGGCGCCCGUGGCGUCGGCGCUGACGACGCGGGAGUGGCCGAACCUGAGCGGCUUCAGCUACCGGGAGCUGGAGGCGACGAGCGGGCGGGACGUCGAGUUCUACAACGCCCAGUUCUACAACGGCUUCGGCGACAUGAUCGACACGGGCGCCUUCGACUCGGUCGUCGCGGCCGGCUACGACCCGCGCCGCAUCGUGGCGGGCCAGGUAACGACGCCGGACAAUGGCGCGCAGUGGACGCCGUUCGACCAGCUGGCCCGGACCAUGGGCGAGCUGCGGCGCAAGUACGGCGAGGUCGGCGGCAUCAUGGGCUGGGAGUACUUCAACGGCAAGCCGGGCGGCCAGGCGAAACCCUGGGAGUGGGCGCAGCAGAUCACGGCGAUCCUGCGGCCCGGCAAGCAGGUGCAGCUCAGGGUGACGAGGGACGACGCCGCCCGGCUGGAGGCUGCAUGGGCAACGAGCGUGGCUGGCAAAGUCAGUGGGAACGCUUCCCUCGCGGGGGGAGACGAUGUGAAGCCGGACGUCGACUACUGGGCUAUGGUAUCUGAGUAGGAGUAUCUGUGGUUGGUCUCACUUCAAAAGUCAAGCAUAUAGCCUUUGCCCAGAGGCCCUUGGUAUCCGGUUACAUGCCCAGAGAUUCCUGGAACUGUCAGAUUUGUAUAACUUGAGACUGAAUAAUACAUCCUCAGUCACUGAUUGAAGAAUAUCA